ACCCAACAGAGCAGAACCGGAGAGGAAAAGCCCACUCGGAGGCCCGUUUUUCUCUUUGCCCUAAUCCGCAUAUUAUGCUCCCUCCCCCAUUUCUCAAGUCUCUACCCUCUUCUCUUCUUCGCCGAUUGCUUUCACUCCUGAGUAACGCUCUCACAGUCACAGACCUGAUCCGCGCAUUCAGCUCUCGCCGGAGAAGGAGAAGAAGGAGAUGUCGUCGGCGCUCUUCAUCGCCGUUGCGUGUUACCAGUGCUCGACUGUGCAGGUGAAGCAGCAGAAGAAGAGCAGCAACAAGUGGACUUGCGUGGUGUGCAACGAGAAGCAAUCGGUGAGGAAAGUGUUCUUCCAGAGCUACGUGGCCAAAGACGUGCGCCAGUUCGUUCAGUCUCGCAACAUGGCCCGCAAAAUCGCCGACGAACAGGCGUCUUCUCUGGAGCGUGGAGAAUUGAUUCAGGAGCAGCCAUUAACAAUGGUUCCAGCUUCUUCUUUUUGUAUCAGGGCCGAGAGCAAGAGGCGAUAUGAUUGGAGUGAAUACCUAGAUCCAGCAGAGGACAAUUCCGAGCAGCAGGAGACUGUGGAAGAAGGAGAAGUUGAGGUGAUCACAGAGAUGCCGCCUAAGAGGGCCAAGUUUAGGAAUGGCGAAAGACUGCCUAAUCAGAUGAAACAGACCAACAAAGAGCAAGUGAAGGAGUCUCAGGGAGCAUCAUUGAAGUAUGAGGCGAGCAAGUUAGCUGAUCCUAGCAGAAGGAAUGCGACCAACUUGCUAUGCAACAAGGAGGAAACAAUGGUGCGUCAGUUAUCAACAACAGCAGCAGCAACAACUGCAACUGCGAAGGCAUCGAAGUGGGAUGAUUACUUAACCAACGAUGAAGAUGAAUGGAUGUGGGAAUUCUGUGUUGGGUUGUACAUGAUCAAUCUCUGGCCUGGUUCUUUAAUCCUGGCAGCAGUUUACGGAGCUGUUGAAUCUGCUUCAAUUGCACUCUUUGGUCCGCUCGUUGGACAGUUGAUUGACGGCCUCACUUAUGUGCAGAUUCUCCGGCUUUGGUUGGUGACGCAGAACCUGUCUUUUAUAGUUGCUGGUGCCACAGUGAUAGCCUUGUUGCUCUCCGCAACUCUCAAGUUCACCAAUUUUACAGCAUUCAUAUCCCUUGUUGCAUUAGCCAACGCCUCUGGAGCAAUUGGCACUCUUUCCACUCUUGUUGGCACCAUCCUGAUUGAAAGAGAAUGGGUAGUGGUGAUUUCCGAAGGCCAUCCUCCAGGUGUGUUAACAGAGAUGAAUUCAACCAUCAGACGGAUUGAUUUGACCUGUAAGCUACUUGCACCGGUGGCGUCUGGCUUCAUCAUCAGCUUUGUAUCACUAAAAGCAUCAGCCAUUACUUUAGCUUGCUGGAACACUGUAGCAAUAUGGCUGGAGUACUUCCUUUUCAUGUCUGUGUAUAAAGGGAUUCCAGCUUUGGGGGAGAGUAACCUAAAGAGGGUUUCAAGAUUUCCCCCCGCCGGUGAUGUUGAAGAAAGCACCACUACGCCCUUUAUAUCCCCUGAGAAUGUGAGCUCAAUUUCUCAUGGUGAAGCACCCUUUAACGUGAUUAAUGAUGGAUGGAGAAGGGAAAUGGAUGAAUGGCUAUCGAAGGCACCCUUCAUUGGAGCUUGGAGAGUGUAUAUGAGACAAAGUGUUGUGCUCCCUGGUGUUGCCCUUGCUUUACUGUUUUUCACAGUUCUCAGCUUUGGCACCUUAAUGACAGCAACCUUAGAGUGGGAGGGCAUUCCUGCAUAUGUGAUCGGGUUAGGUCGAGGUGUUAGUGCUAUCAUUGGGAUAUCUGCAACUUUUGUCUACCCAGUCAUGCAGUCUCAAAUUUCAACUCUCAGAACUGGACUCUGGUCAAUUUGGUCUCAGUGGGGUUGCCUUCUGGUAUGCGUUGGUGCAAUAUGGAUCCAAAGCCGGACAUUAUCAGCAUACAUUCUCAUGGCAGGAGUUGCAUUGUCUCGAAUUGGGUUAUGGAUGUUUGACUUAUCAGUGAUCCAGCAAAUGCAGGAUUUUUGGAAGCUAACUUUGAUAUCAGUGGCUGCUGUAACAUUAGCUGCCAUCCUUUAUAGCAUACAUAUAUACCGGGUGCGGAAGCACCUCAUCCACUUUGAAAAGCUUAUUGUUUGGGCAAGAUGGGCAAUCAGAUUGGCCAAAAGGAUUUACUCCUCAGCCAGAGUGUUCCUGCAAUUGUAUGCUUGUGGUAUUGAAGGCUAG